GGCGCCCGUCAGGCAACGCGCACGGCCACCAGGAAAACUCCCUUGCUGGAAAACACCGUCCGCUCCGGAGAGCCGCCGGCGUCCGUGAACGCAUCACAACUUCAGCCGGUGCGCGGGAGAAAGUGAGCCCGGCACUGGUCACCGGCUGCCGGGGGACAGAUUACACACGUCCCGGCUGGGGAGCCCCCCCCCGGGAAGGAAGAUAAGAGGCUUGGGCGCAUGUGAAGGACGCCGGGCAGGGAAUUGGGUCAUGCGCUGUGCAGCCUACCUGUUAUCUUUACGCCGUCUUGUCUGAAUAUUUGCGCAAUGACCUUUGGCGCACUUGGACUACAGCGGACGCGCCUGUGAGGUUGGCGGGCGAUAAGGCCGGACAGAAGAUGGGACGGGGCCGAUGUUUUAUCAGAUGGCUGGGAACGGGAAUGGCCGUGGUGUCUUUGCUAAACGUGGUCUGGGGCCAGCACGCAGACGACUGGCAGUAUGAGGAGUGUAAGCUGUCCCGCCCCGGCCCCCCAGCGACAAUAGUGACCAUCGAUGAGGAGAGUCCCAACGGCACGGUUCUGGUGGAGAACAUGCAGAUAAAUGGCCGCGCCCAGGACCCGAGCAGAACCAUCUCCCUCACCUUGCUGGACAACCACGACUACUGGGUCAUCCUGGAACCAGCACGCCAGAGGCUCUACCUGAACAGCACGGGCCGGGUUCUGGACCGAGACCCCCCCAACUACAUCUCCACCAUUGUGGUCCAGAUCCAGUGCACCAAUGAGCUGGUGGGUACCGUUAUUUUGCACGAGGUACGGAUCGUGGUGAGGGACCGGAACGACAACGCGCCUCGUUUUCAGCAGCCACGCUACUAUGUCGCCAUAAACGAGCUCACCCCCGUGGGGACCACCAUAUUCACCGGCUUCUCAGGACCAAACGGAGCCACCGACAUCGAUGACGGCCCCAAUGGACACAUCGAGUACAGCACCCUCUACAACCCCACUGAUCCGCCGGCCAACAGCACCGUGAGCGUGGCAAAUACCCUUUCAGGACACAUUGUCCUGGCGGAGAGGCUGAACUACGAGGAGAGAACACGCUACCUGGUUUUGGUCCAAGCCAACGACCGGGCCCCGUAUCCUCCCAACAGACGCACCGCCACCACCACGCUGACGGUGGACGUCCUGGACGGGGACGACCUCGGACCCAUGUUCCUGCCCUGCGUCCUGGUCAACAACACGCAGGACUGCAACCCCCUCACCUACCACGCCGCCAUCCCCGAAUUCACUGAACCGAGCAAACUCAACCCCCUCAACGUCACCCCCCCCAUCCGGGCGGUGGACAUGGACAGAAACAUCCAACCCCCGUCAGACAGACCCGGCGUCCUUUACCACAUCCUGGUUGGCCAUCCGGUGGCGUUCCCUCAUUACUUCUCCCUCAACAAGACCACAGCCGAGCUGCACGUCCUGCAGCCAAUCAGCAGGGACCUGUACCAGAGGUUCACGCUUGUUAUUAAGGCGGAACAGGACAACGGUCACCCGCUGCCGGCCUACGCCGACCUUGUCAUCGACAUCCUGGAUGAGAACAACCAGGCGCCGUACUUCCAGUUCAUCAACUACCAGGGCUACGUCAGCGAGGCGGCGCCGGUGGGCACCACCGUCUCGGCCGGAGCCAACCUCAGCUCGCCGCUGGAAAUCGUGGCUCUGGAUAACGACGUGGAGGAGACCAAAGACCCCAUGCUGAAGAUAACCCAGGACAACUACAAGGCGGUCUUCGGCCUGACCCCAAGUGGGAUAGUCCGCUACCUGAGGCUGCUGAAGCCUGUGGACCGCGAGAAGCAGAUGACCUACACCUUGACGAUGGUGGCGUCAGACGGCGUCCAGCAGAGUGGCCCCGUCACCGUCAACAUCUUGGUCAUGGACGCCAACGACAACACGCCCACCUUUGCUCAGGUGUCCUACAACGUGGACUUAUUCACCGACAUGCGACCCGGGGAGACCGUGCUGCAGGUCACGGCGGAGGACGCUGACGAGGGGCUAAACGGGGUGGUGACCUACGAGAUCCUGGCUGGAGCUCAGGGACACUUUGUCAUCAAUAACCGCACGGGGCGCAUCACGGUGGCGGCAGGCGUCACGCUCGCUGUCGGAAGAUCGUUUGCGCUGACCGUCAAGGCGUCUGACAACGCGCCAGAGUCGCUGAGAAGGAGCUCCAUCACCACCGUCUAUAUCGAAGUGUUGCCGCCCAACAAUCAGAGCCCCCCGCGCUUCCCCCUGCUCACCUACAGUCUGGAGGUCAGCGAGGCCACGAGGAUCGGCGCUAUCCUCCUCAAUCUGCAGGCCACGGACAGAGAAAACGACCCCAUCACAUACGAGAUCCUCAGCGGGGAUUCCCACAACGUCUUCAACCUCUCGGAGACGAUUGGCCUUCUUAUUCUGGAAAAACCUCUGGAUAGAGAAAGCACGGACCGCUACCGUCUGGUGGUAACGGCCUCGGAUGGCAACCCUGGGGGGACGUCCACCACGACAGUCGACGUGGUCGUGACAGACGUCAACGAUAACGACCCUGAAUUUGACCGCACGGCGCCCAUCAACUUGACUGUCCAGGAAGAGGAGGCCAACCUGUUUGUGGGACGAGUCGAGGCCACGGAUCCAGACGCAGGGGCCAACGGUCAGGUUCGAUACCGCGUGGUGAACCAUCCUGACCUGUUCGUCAUGGCCGCCAACGGCAGCAUCUACACCCGAGUCCCGCUGGACCGCGAGCUCAGGAGCAGCUACGACCUGCUGGUGGAGGCCUCGGACGGGGCGGUGGACCCCCGGCGGACCACCUUGACCCUGACUGUGGAGGUGACGGAUAUCGACGACAACAGCCCCGUGUUCUCUCAGCCGACCUACGUGGUGAACGUGCCCGAGAACAGCCCCCUGGGAACGCGCAUCCUGACGCUCAGCGCUGUGGAUGCAGACCUCUUCUCCAACGUCACCUACCGGAUCAAGUCGGAAUCCGCCCGCCAGCUGUUUUCCUUGAACGCCAUCACGGGAGACCUGACGGUGCUGCAGACUCUGGACUUCGAGGACCUGGCGGCGAUGGGAGUCGGGGGGGCCUCUUACACCUUCCAGGUGGAAGCUGUGGACCAGGGAGGCGUCACGCCGCCGGGACAAGCUACCGUCACGGUCCGCAUCACGGACAUGAACGACUACUCUCCGGUGUUCAGCCAAGUCCUGUACAGAGGCAUGGUGGCCCCCAAUGCAGAGAAGGGAACGUUCAUCACUACUGUGUUUGCAGAGGACCAGGACCCCCCAGGCACCCCAGCCAGUUCAGUGGCCUACAGGGUGGACCAGGUCAGAUCCCCGUACAGCGGCAGCAUAUUUGACGUGGAGGAGCAAACAGGAAGAGUCAUCACCAAAGUCAACCUGAACGAGGAGCCCAGUCUUACCUUUAAGUUGUUUGUCAUUGCCUUCGACGCGGGCGAGCCCGUGAAGACCAACAGCACCGUGGUGGAGAUCACUGUCCUGCAGCCCUCCCGCAUCCCCAUCUUCACCCAGGAGGAGUACAGGUUUCCUCCCGUCAGUGAGCUGGCGCCGGUGGGCACGCCCCUGGGGAGCAUUCUAGCUGCCGCCAUCAACCAGACCAUCUACUACUCCAUCGUGGCAGGAAACGAUUUAGGUCAUUUUGGUGUGAACAACAGAACAGGCGUCAUCUCCACCGCCAAGGCGCUGGACUUUGAAAACGUGACCAGCUACGUCCUGAGGGUCCAGGCCGACUCGCUGCUGCUCGUCAUGUCCAACCUGCGUGCGCCUUCCAAAACAAACACAGCCAAGGUGUUCCUGGAGGUCAACGACGAGAACGAUCAUCCUCCCGUCUUCUCCAGGCAGCUCUACAUCGGGGGCGUGACCGAGGACACCAAGAUCUUCAGCUCCGUGCUAAAGAUAGUGGCUAGUGAUGAGGACACCGGCAACUUCAGCGCCAUGGCGUACCGCCUCAUCAUCCCCCCCACAGCAGAGGGCCAGGACAGCUUCGUCAUCGAGACCUACACAGGCGUCCUCAAGUCAGCCAUCAUGUUUCGAAACAUGCGCAGGUCCUACUUCAAGUUUGAGGUGAUCGCCACCGACGACUACGGGGAGGGUCUGAGCAGCGGCGCUGAAGUGGUGGUGUCGGUGGUGAACGCGUUGGACAUGCAAGUUAUCGUGUCCACCGUCCCGCCCACCUUGGUUGAGGAGAACAGGGACCAACUGAUCAGCAUCCUGGAGCGUCACAUCCAGGACCAGAUCCCGGGCGCCAAAGUGAUCGUGGAGGCCAUCGGACCACGUCGUCACGGCGACGGCUUCGAGCUGGAAGACUACAGCAAGUCGGACCUGAUGGUGUACGCUAUCGACCCGCUUACCAACCGGGCCAUUUCACGGCAGGAGCUCUUCAAAUUUCUGGAUGGGAACGUUCUGGAAAUCAACAAGGAGUUCCAGCCCUACCUGGGCGAAGGUGGCCGGAUCCUGGAGAUCCGCUCGCCGGACGUGGUGGCGAGCGUGAAGAAGGCCGCCCAGGCUGUGGGCUACACGGAGGGAGCCCUCCUGGCUCUGGCCAUCAUCAUCAUCCUCUGCUGCAUCCCUGCCAUCCUCAUCGUCAUGGUUACCUACAAGCAGUUCAAAGAACGCCAAGCGGAGUGCGCCAAAACGGCCCGGAUUCAGAUGGCGCUACCUCCGGGAGGCAAGGCGCCGGGCGGCGGCGCCGCGGGGGCCAACCUGUACGAAGAGCUGGGGGACGGCAGCAUCAGGCGAGGCUACGGCAGGCCGCAUCAGCAACUGCUGAGACCAUCUCUGCUGAGACCUGAGGAACUCUCCAUGGAGUCCGGCAUCGAACCCGGACAGGACUACUACACGCAGGACUAUUACAACUACGACCAAGGGUAUGACAUCCCUCAGUACGGCAGCCGGCGGAGGUUGAUAGCUCCCGUGUACGACGAAUAUGGAGAAGUGAUUAUGGAGGAUGACGGUUAUUACUACAGUCCACAUGGCCCAGAGCUGGUGAGGAAGGUGCGACUGAAGCUGGGAGUCGAUGGGGAAAACGAGACCACCUCCACCGGAGAGGAGAGCGCAGCCGACACCCAGAGGGGCCAACCCCCCGGCGGCCACGGCAACACCAACGGGAACAUCUACCUGGCCCACAAUGGCACCAUUGUUCGAACCAGACGGACGCCCCACCUGAACAACCUGAAGGUGGGCUCCCACUUUAAAAAGCUGGACAAGCUGGGGGUGACCCACGAAGAACCCUCCCCCGUCGGCAGCCUCGACGGCAACGAAAGCAACACGGAAAGCGGGACGGGUACUUCCCUUCCCCCCCAUUUGGACAUCAACCUGAACACCCGCUCCUCCAGCGGCUCCCUGGGCUCCAGCCUGAACGGCCUGAAAGCUUCUGCGUCCAAAAGCAGCCUGGCCAACACGUCUGUGGGACGACACGGCAGCGGGGAGGGGCGGGACCCUGCGGCGGACAACCACAAGGACGGCAGCGGUCCCGCCGUGUCGGAGGAGGAGGAGCUGUGGAUGGGACCCUGGAACAAUCUGCACAUUCCGAUGACCAAACUCUGACUCCCCUGCCUUUCUUCUCAUCCAUCAACGUGUGCCUCAAGGUCAUCCUCCUCCUGCUGGAUGUCAUGGCAGAUCUACCAGCACCACGCUGGAGCUGCAUUGGACAUCUCACUUGCUGAGAUGGAGGGGUGUCACCAGAUCUCAGGAGAUGAAAACAUGACGAGAUUCAUCAUCCCCGAAUCGAUCAAUCACACGAUCAAUGAGAAUGAAGCACAUAAUCCAUAGCAUGAAGCACAUUCCAUAUAUAAUCCAUAUAUAAUCCAUAUAUAAUCCAUAUAUAAUCCAUAUAUUGCCGUGUGUGUGCGUGCCCUCGUCUCGCAUCCAAACAGGAAGAGGUUCACUCCGUGCAUGGCUUUAUGCACCGUGGCUUUAUGCAUCAUGACAUCCAUAGUAUACAUAGUAUACAUAGUAUAUAUACGUAGUAUACAUACAUAGAACAAUGGUACGCACUGAGUGAAACCUCUUCUCAGUCUCUUUGUCUUGGUGGGUGGAGGCGGGGCUGCUAGCAUACACACAGUAACGCGUAUGAACUUAACAGAUUGCAUACGCCCACCAUCCCAGUGGCAUACAAGAUGGAUGGAUGGAUGGAUGGAUGGAUGGAUGGAUGGAUGGAUUGAUGGAUGGUUGGAUGGAUGGAUGGAUGGAUGGAUGGAUGGAUGGAUGGAUGGAUGGAUGGAUUGAUGGAUGGUUGGAUGGAUGGUUGGAUGGUUGGAUGGAUGGAUUGAUGGAGAUUUGAUGGAUGGAGAUUUGAUGGAUGGAGAUUGGAUGGAUGCCAUACAUUGUCAUAUUCAUUGUGUACUUUUCUUCAAAAUGUUAAGGGAAUGUUGGAAUGUUGUUAAUCCGUCAUCCACCAUCUUCCAUGAGACACCAACACGUCUUCCUCUGAGGUUGUGUGUGUUGUAAAGAUAUCAAAAGAGGUAAAAAGAGGCAGCCAAUGAAUGCGCGUCCUGGGACGCCCCCAUUGGUCCCAGAAAGGCGGCCAUUCAAAGAGCUCCAAAACGUCCAGCAAGGUUUUCUAUCCCUGCUGUUAGCAUGUAGCAACAGCUACAUUUAUGCUAACAUGUCAUACUUGAGUAUUUUAGUAGAACUUCCUUCCUGGGUGCAUUGAUGUCACAUAGCAACAUAGAAAGGAAGGCUACACCUAGCCUAGUCGCUAGCCGCUAGCCGCUGUGGUGUGGCUAGGUGUCACUACGCCAGUAAGGUAGUUCUUGGGUGGAACAAUGUGGAUAAGAAUAAUAAUAACAAUGUGCUUCAUAUGAAGGAGGUGGAAUAGGUGCGUCCCAUCACGUGCAUUCUUAGCUGCCUCUUUUUCCCGAUGAAAAGUGUACCUGCCAUCUGGUCAUGUGACGUGUCUGGUGACACCCCUGCUGUUUAUUCCAUCCAACAGGAAGUCAAAGGAUGAAUCAAAGAUGAAAAUGUGGCCUAUUUUAAUCACGUUACUUUCAUUCUAUUUCAUUGACUGAGAUUUAUAAAAGGAUAUUUCAUGAAAAGAUAUGAAAUUAUUUUUGUCUAUUUUCUAUCUUAAGACGUCUGAAGAUGUGAUUGCUGUCACGGUGAGGACCAUGGUUAGCACCAUGACCUCCUUGACCUAUCAGGGUUUCCUAAAACUCCAAAAUGCUUUUCUGGCUUUGCUGAUUGACACAUGGUUGAAUGUGAUUGGAUGAUUGAUCCCCGUGUUGUUUCCUGCUUUCCUGUGUACGAUGCACGUGGAUACAUGAUGAUGACGUAGUACAUUUCACUGGAAAGGCCAAGUUUGGGAAAAGGACAGCAGUCCUUGGAAUGAUCUUCCACCUCGUUCUCAUCCUCACUCGGGAGGGACGCCUCUUGGAAGCCAGCCCUCCUUUGUGGGGAUGGCGUGUGUGUGUGUGUGUGUGUGUGUGUGUGUGUGUGUGUGUGUGUGUGUGCGUGUGUGUGUGCGUGCGUGUGUGUGUGCGUGUGGAAUGUUAGGGCAGUAUUCUAAAAGUGACUUUUUAAAUUGCACAAAAGAGCGAAAGUGU